AUGCUGCUCCCCAAUGCCAGCCCCAAGCAAAGCCAGCCCAGGGUGAGGUGGACGGAACCGCCACGCAGCUGUAACAUCACGGAGGCGGAGUUGGCAGUAGCACCACAUCCCACUGCUGUGGAGCCUGCCCAGUCGGAUUUCAGAGCCCAAGAGGGCCAUGACCUGCAGCACAUCAGCGACCAGGAGAUGCCCAAAGCAUCUGGUGGUUUCUCUCCUGCUCCCGACCCCAGUGCCCAGUUCUGGCCCCUUUCUCAUCCCCCCAGGCUGGCCGAAAACAUUGACUCAGAAUCAUGUGCCGUCAAUCCUGUCUCCUGGUCCUGUGGAGUUCAUAAUAGAGGCUUGCCAGGUUUGAUGAUUGGUAUCAUAGCAAGGGCGGCAUUUUAUAACCCAUUCCUCAAACAUCAUCUGCGGAAGUUAAGCACCUCCAAUGAGUUUCCCAUAGAGCUGCUCACGAUACCUCCAUGGCAUCUUGACAGAAAAUACUCCUCAUGUUCCACCAUAUUGCUAGGUAACAGCACAGUCAGCCAGCCUGAUCUUAGACACACACUAGAAAGUGUGACUUUGGCAAUAUAUUACAACAUAAAGCACAGAUAUGCAAAUAGAUCUCUGGCUAUUUUUGACGAGCCAAUACAUCCACUUCCACAAGGAAAGGCUCCAGGGAAAUCCUUCGAGCAUGAUCCCGAACGCAACUGUAUUUUCAGAUAUUUCUGUACUCUUUUUCUAGUCACAAAACUAACACCUCCAUGUGCAAUCGUAGCUUUGGUGUACAUUGAACGACUUUUAACUAGUGCUAACAUCGAUCUUUGUCCUACUAAUUGGAAAAAGAUAGUCCACGGAGCCAUGCUUCUUGCCUCCAAGGUUGGGAGAAAUCGUGGUCUGUGGAGUGUGGAUGACAGCCAGAAUCCCGAGGACAUUGCAGUUGAGAACAUGAGCAAGAUGGAGAAGUGUUUCUUGGAGCUACUUGAGUUUAAUAUUCAUGUGUCUGCCAGUGUUUAUGCAAAAUAUUACUUUGACCUGCGUCAUUUGAUCUUGGCAAAUGACCAUGGUGUGUAUUUUCUAUUUCAUCUUCUUCACAAAGAUAAAGCACAGAAACUGAAGGCUAUGUCAUGGCCGUGUGAAUACAAAGACUUGCAUCAAGAUGCCGCUGCUACGAAAAGGGCUAUCAGCAUGAAUUUCAUUGGUAUUCGGUGCACUAAUGCCAUCUUAUCUUAAAGAGAGAAAUUAGCCUUAUAAGAUCCUGAACUUCUCAACAAUAAAGAAAAGAAAAUAUCACUUGUCCUGCUG